AUGGCUCGCGGUCAAGGCGUCGACUCUUCCAACUACUACUCCGGCAGCCGCACCCAGGGCUCUGGACGAAGCUCCUAUAUCUCUUCAUCCAGAGACUCCAACGGAACACAGAGACCAGCCUACUGGCGAUGCUGCAGGUGCUCUGGCGGCUGGUACAGUUACCAGAUCAACGAUUCUUGCCCCAUGUGCCAGGCGUGGCGUUGCCCCAACUGCGAGUACUCCAUGAGCUAG